UCUGCACUUCCUCGUCGCUCUCGUGUUUUGCUGCAACACCUCGCCAAAAGCCAAGGGAGAGGAAGCAAAGCAGAGCAUGUUCUCUCUCUUCUUCCUCCUCUCUCUCCCUCUCCUCUCUGCUUCCACUUCCACUCCAUAUCCAUACGGCAAUGUCUCCUACCACAUAGACUGCGGCGGCCACACCCUCGCGGUCGACUCCUUCAACACCACGUGGCUCCCCGACCGCUUCUUCACCGGCGGGGCCGCCGCCGUCGUCUCGGAGCCCCUCCACUUCCGGCAGCCCCAGGAGAAGACCCUCCGCUACUUCCCCCUCUCCUCCGGCAAGAAGAACUGCUACGUCGUCCCCGAUUUGCCCCCCGGCCGCUACUACGUCCGCACCUUCAUCGUCUACGACAACUACGACGGCAAGUCCCACUCCCCGAGCUUUGACGCCUCCGUCGAAGGCACCCUCGUCUUCAGCUGGCGCUCCCCCUGGCCCUCCGCCAUCGCUCGCGACGGUGACUCGAUCAUUCGCCCCUUCGCAAUAUCUUAA